AUGAGGUGGCAGCGCGUAUAUCCACUCUCUCUGGUUUCACACCAACAGCUCCUACUGGCACUGAUAGGAGAGCAAUUCACAGAGGCAGGAGACAUUUGUGGUGUGGUGGCCAACGCUCGGCCCAACAAGGACAGAGUGGUGCUGUGGACCAAGACUGCGAGCAACGAGGCAGUGCAGGUGGGUGCUGCUGUGGACCAUUGGUUUCCCCCUAUCGUGCACCCGGCUGUGUUGACCCUGAUUCCACCUGCUGCAGAGUGGUGCCUCGCAUUCUCUCUCUGGCAGGUGAGCAUCGGGCGGCAGCUCAAGGAGAUCGCCGGCAUUUCAGAACGGAUCUCAUACUCCUCCUUCACGGAUCAGAAGUUUUCGUCAAAAGCCAGCCAGGGUUAUGUUGCUUGA